AUGACUACUCCAGCAUCUAAUUUUCUACUAAACACGGAGAACUAUGGGCCAGUUUUCACCAUUGCAAAGCAGAUCACCACUAGAAUUCAAGAAAACGAAAAAAUAUUAGCAAGAAUAGCUAAUGUCGUGGAUAGCAAAAUCAAGUAUCCCCAACUUCCUAAUGGUGAAAAGUCAACUGACCUUGAAUUCGGGGAGUUUGAGAAGACGACAUCUAAACCCGAUUCGGUAAUCGAAACCGGAGAUCCACUCCGGAUCCUUUUAGAUCAGAAAUUCAAAGCCAAUGACAUUGAAGAUGUGCAUCAGUUCGACAAUAUUGAGAAUCUCGAGUUGAGACAAUUACUCUGUGACAACUACAAAUUGCUCCAGAUGAAGAAGGCCAACGCAGAAAAAAACAAAAAACUUCUAGAAAUCAGCCACGAGUAUGAAAAUUUACUACUGGAAGCAAUCAUUCCAACUUUAGCAAAAGAUUCAAGUGACCGGAAUCUUCAGAACCUUAGUCGAAUCAAAAGUGAGGAAGUUGAGCAGAAAUUACUGGCUCAGCAAGACCUUUGGAACACUUAUCAACGUUACUUAAUUUCAGUUGAUAAGAGCGGGCGUUUAGUGGAGGAACUAAUAGAGGUUCUUGAAAAUUCAUUGGAUAGCAAAGAGGCUGAAAGGCUCGCACUGCAGAUGAUCAUUCUUGAAACCUUCAAGAAUCAAAAGAGUCUAAAACAUCUACGUCGAGUACGAUAA